AUGUCGGACUCCGACUGGACAGCCUCACUCAGCUCAUCUGACCGCUACGACAACAUUCAAGCCAUAAAGGCCAUCCUCGAUGAACUAAGCCUACAGGAUUCAUCCUUACAAAAAAGUGCAUUUGCCCUGGAGAACGAAGCUUACAAAACUUCAACCUCACGUGCUCAGUAUGAUGAAGCAUGUCGAAACGUACUAGCCCAAGCCUUGCCAGCUUCCACCAAGGCUUUGCCCCCUUCUACAGAGGAAUCCAUCCCAGAGUCGCCUGGUAUCACUAUAGGAUCCUAUCAUAAUUGCCAUUAUGUUGCUAGUGGUGUGACCGCCGAGGUUUACAGGGCUAAAACAGUAGCUUUGAAAGUGAUUACCGAAGCCCAUAAUAUGGAGCCACACAAUCCUAUCCGGGAAGCCAAGAUCUUAAGCUCACUGAAAAAGCCUUGUAUUCCUCUCCUAGAAACCUUCCGAGAUCAGGAGCAACGAUUCACUCUCGCAUUCCCGUUCAUGCCCAUGAGCCUGGAAACCCUCAUUGAGCAUGGGCCUAUACCAAGAAGUCGGAUACAAAAACUCUUCAAAGAUGUUUUUGGUGCUCUGGACUACAUUCAUCAACAGGGGAUAAUACAUAGAGAUAUCAAACCCUCUGCCAUUUUGCUCGAAUCUGCCGAGGGCCCUGCCUAUCUUUCAGAUUUUGGAACGGCUUGGCAUCCAACUUUGUCUGUCGUCACAGAACCUGCUCACAACAAAAUCUUGGACAUCGGUACCGGGCCGUAUCGCGCGCCUGAGGCCCUUUUUGGUGAUAAGUCAUAUGGAGCUUCGGUCGAUAUGUGGGGGGCAGGGGCUAUGCUCGCAGAAUGUUGUCGGGAUCCUCCUCGAACACUUUUUGAGUCCCGCGCAGCCCACGAAGAUGGCAAUCAGCUUGGCCUCAUUCUAAGUAUCUUCAAGACAAUUGGAAGUCCUACUCGGGAAUCGUGGCCGGAGGCGGCAGGCUAUAAAACGCCCCCAUUCGACAUGUAUCAAGUGUUUGAAGGUCGGACCUGGGAAGAUCUUUUAUCAGGCGUGGACAACGAUUUUCGGGAGCUUAUUGCUACGUUAGUGGUAUAUAAUACUACCAUUAGGGCUACUGCUUCUCAAGCAUUGCAAUCCAGAUGCAUGACAGCCUAA